UAAUAACAGAAUUUUCAUUUAGGAGUGAACUACCCCUUUAAGAAUAUGCGGCCCCUUUAAGAAAUAUGACACGGCACGCACUGAGGAUGCGCAGAAGGGAGAAGCGCGAGAGCACUACUAUAGUUUUUUCUUUUUUCUCCUUUUUUGUUGUUGUUGUUUCUUUUGACGCUAUUAUGAAUGUAACAGUCGAAUACAUUGUGAUCCCUUGUAAGUGUACGUUAUGUUCAUGUUCUUGUUAAUACAAUAAAGAAGAGAGAAGCGCGAGAGACGUUACGAGUGCCGAAACUCACCAUUUGAAGCUGAAAGUGACGCUGUUAACGAUCGUGAAUGAAGGAUAAUGUGGAAUAUUUUCUUCGGAUGCCGUAUAUUUCCAGUCUGCAGGUCAGAGAUGUUCAAUUUCUACUAUGUGGUCCUGUGGGCGUCAGUAUCACACAGUGAUCACAGUUCACACCUGCAGUGAACCUCCUCCCACAACAAUUGACCAUUAAAUACUGGGAAUAUUCACGUCAUCCUACAAGAGAAGGACAAACUCCAGGUGUAGCAGCUGAAAUCUGUGUGACAGUUAAAGAUGGAGUUUAUUAAAGAGGAGAUUGACGACAUGAGUGUUUCAGAACCAUCCAGAAUAAAACAUGAAUAUACUGAGGAACAAACAGAAGACCAGAAGAAAGUGACAGAGCAAAUACACACACUAAAUGAUGUAAAGAAACACAGUGACUUCAAAACUCAAGAAACAGAGGACAAAAAGAUGCACAUCUGCUCAAAGUGUGGAAAGAGUUUCCAAAAUAAAGGAAACCUUAAUAGACACAUGAGAGUUCACACUGGAGAAAAACCGUAUACAUGCACUCAGUGUGGAAGGAGUUUUUCUCAAUCAUCAGGUCUCAGUUAUCAUCUGCAAUGUCACUCUGGAGAAAAACUAUUUAACUGUGAUCAGUGUGGUAAAGAUUUUAUUAUGCCAUCAGAUCUAAAAAAACAUCUGAAAGUUCAUUCAGGUGAGCGGCCUUAUGUGUGUUUUUUCUGUGGAAAGAGUUUUUCAAGGCUGGAUAAGUUUAAACUCCACCAGAAAACACAUAACGAAGUGAGAGAUCAUGUAUGUUAUGACUGUGGGAAGAGCUUUACUACAUCUAGUCAUCUAAAACAGCACCAAAGAAUUCAUACUGGAGAAAGACCUUACAAGUGCUCAUAUUGUGACAAGAGUUUCACUCAGUCUGGACACCUGAAAUCACACGAGCGACUUCAUACUGGAGAGAAGUCAUACUGCUGUACUCAUUGUGGAGAGAGUUUCAAAGAGGCAAUAGGCUUAAAAAAUCAUCUCUUUAUUCACUCUGGAGAAAAGCCAUUUAACUGUAAUCAGUGUGGUAAAGAUUUUAUUUUGUUAUCAAAUCUAAAACAACACCUAAAAGUUCAUUCAGAUGAGAAGCCUUAUGUGUGUUCUUUCUGUGGAAAGAGUUUUUCAUGGAUGAACUGUUUUAAACGGCACCAGAAAUCGCAUGAUGAAGUGAGAGAUCAUGUGUGCUUUGACUGUGGGAAGAGCUUUACUACAACCAGUGAACUGAAACAGCACCAUAGAAUUCAUACUGGAGAAAAACCUUACAAGUGCUCAUAUUGUGACAAGAGUUUCACUCAGUCUGGAAAUCUGAAAUCACAUGAGCGAACUUCAUACUGGAGAAAAGCCGUAUCACUGUACUCAGUGUGAAGUGAGUUUCAAACAUUCAUCAAGCCUUCACUCUCAUUUGAAAAAAUGUUGUAAGUGAGCAACAUUUGUUUUCAUGUCAAAUAGUAAAUACUGUGAGAUAAAAUAUGAAGUUUUUCCACUUUACACUCAGUGUAAAUAAAGUAGUUGUCGUAGUUUUUUUUUUUUCUGUCAGGAUGGGUUGUGUGCUAAAUUAUGUCAGUCUUGAAUUAGAUAUAUUCAUGUAAUUUACUUAUUUACUAAGUGUACUAUAUUGUGUUCUAAUAGUACAUGCAAUUAUGAGAAAUAAAUUAUUUAAUGAACACA